AAUUGACUCCGAUCCGGUAUUCCGCAUCGUCGAGAGCAUCGAUUACACCCCAAUCCUGCAGUGUGGGCCGGAUUGUAGAUGUAAUCGAGACAACUGCACGCAACGAGUCCUCACCGAUGAUGGGCGCCCGAUUCCUUUGAUACUGUUCUACGAGGGGCGCAAGGGAUACGGCAUCCGCACUCCAGUCAGAAUCCCAAAAGGCGCCUUUGUUGGGGAAUAUGUAGGCGAGGUGCUGACUGCAGAAGAAGCCGACGAACCCACGCGGGGCACAAUUUACCAGCAUUAUCUAAUGAAAGGCCAUGCGGCUCUCGGAGAGGAACGACUGGUCGUUGACGCAAUGCAUUAUGGUAAUGCGAUGAGGUUUAUCAAUCACUCAUGCGAUCCGAACGUUGUCACACAAUACGUUCUUUGGGAUCGCCAUGGUGCCUACAACGCGAAAGUGGCCUUCAUCGCCAUCCGAACCAUCCAACCCGGUGAGGAGCUCACUUGUGACUUCCAACCAAAUGUCCUCGAGCCGUUGGGCGAAACGGAUGCUUUAUGCGAUGUCAUGUGGUGCCGCCCGCUGCAAGAAAUUUUUGGCUGGAACUGCACGGGAGGAUUAGCG